GUAUGUUUUUACGUCCCGUCGGAUUUCAUAAUGAGCGAAAAUACAGAACAACGAGUGUGCAUUAAAUUUUGCCAUAAACUGGGAAAAACGGCUACUGAAACCUACCAAAUGUUAUUGUUAGCUUAUGGAGAUGAAACCAUGUCCCGUGCUCGCGUUUUUGAAUGGUUUAAACGAUUUAAAGAGGGUAGAACAACUGUUGAAAGUGAUGAACGUGAAGGACGCCCAUCAACAAGCCGCAAUGAGGAAAUGAUACAAAAAAUACGAACAGCAAUACGAGUUCAAACCAUAUUGACGACUGAUUUAGACAUGAGAAGAGUUGCAGCCAAAUUUGUACCAAAACUGCUCUCAGGUGAGCAAAAAGAAAAUCGAAAACAGAUCGCCACUGAUUUGCUAGAGUGUUCCGAAUCUGAUGAUUUUUUUUUAAAAUCAAUUAUAACUGGUGACGAGACUUGGGUAUAUGACUACGAUCCAGAAACAAAGGUACAAUCUUCGCAGUGGAAGACACUUGAUUCACCACGACCAAAAAAGCUCGUCAAGUUCGGAGUCAAGUGA